AUGCCGGUCGUCAAGGGAGGUGUUUGGACCAACAUUGAGGAUGAGAUCCUCAAGGCCUCUGUCUCCAAGUAUGGCCUUAACCAGUGGGCUCGCGUGUCGUCUCUGCUGGCGCGAAAGACGCCUAAGCAGUGCAAGGCACGAUGGAGCGAGUGGCUGGAUCCGAGCAUCAAAAAGAUCGAAUGGAGCAAAGAGGAAGACGAAAAGCUCCUGCAUCUUGCCAAAAUUAUGCCCACACAAUGGCGGACGAUAGCCCCAAUUGUCGGCCGCACCGCGAAUCAAUGUCUCGAACGAUACCAGAAGCUGCUCGAUGAAGCUGAGGCUCGCGAGUCGUCGAGCUUGGGGUUGAUGGGCCCCGAGGGCGGCGAGACGCAAGCACCCAGUGCCGACGACGUGCGAAGAUUGCGACCUGGCGAACUCGAUCCCGAUCCCGAAACAAAGCCUGCUCGACCCGAUACCAUUGACCUCGACGAAGAUGAGAAGGAAAUGCUGAGUGAAGCUCGUGCUCGUUUGGCCAAUACUCAAGGUAAAAAGGCGAAGAGAAAGGCCCGUGAGCGUCAGCAAGAGGAAUCUCGUCGCCUCGCGACAUUGCAGAAGCGCAGAGAGCUCAAGACGGCUGGUAUAAACAUCAAGGUGACCACGCGGAAGAAGGGCGAGAUGGACUACAAUGCCGAUAUUCCAUUUGAGAAAAAGGCUGCGCCUGGAUUCUACGAAACGGGUGAAGAGCAAACACGCAACGAAGCGCAGCGCAGGGCCUUUGAUCCGCAGAAGCAGAAUCUGGCCACGAAACGAAAGGGCGAUGAAGACGAGGAUGGCGACCGCAAGAGAAGAAAGAACGAGAAGGAGGGACUAUCUGAUUCGCAAAAAGCAGCUAUCAAGGCCGGGCAGAUGCAAAAGAUUCGAGAGGCGGAGCAAAGCAGCAAGCGUCGACCUCUAAACCUGCCUGCGCCACAAGUCAGUGAGGGAGAGUUGGAAGAGAUUAUUAAAAUGGGCAAGAUGGGCGAGGCAGCGAAUGCUGUAGCUAGGGAAAGCGACAAUGAUGCGACCAGGGGAUUUGUCAACUCAUAUUCUACGCUCAACACCAGCGCGCCAAUUCGAACACCAAAAGCCCCUGAGCAGGAAGACCACAUCGCCAACGAGAUUCGAAAUAUCCGUGCCCUGAACGAUACGAAAUCGGCGUUGCUGGGUGGUGAAAACACACCGUUGUACGAAGGCUCAGGCUCGACCGGCUUCGAGGGUAUCGCGCCCAGGAAGCAAACCAUGGCGACGCCGAAUCCUCUUGCAACCCCAUUGCGAUCCGGGGCCGGUGUUGGAGCGACACCUGGCCGACCGGGACAAACGCCGAUGCGAACGCCACGUGAUACAUUCUCAUUGAACCAGGAAGACGGUAUGCCGAUGCCAUCAGCUACACCCCGGGACUUGAGGAUGCACGACCUCGCAAUGCGGAAUCAACUGCGAUCCGGGCUUGCAUCGCUGCCCAAACCCAAGGACACCGAAUGGGAGUUUGAGAUACCGGAUGAGGAGCAAGAAGUGGUGCGAGGGGAAGGUGACCUGGAGGAGGAUGCUGCAGAGCGUGAUCGUAGAGAGCAGGCGAGACGUGCUGCUGAAGAGGAAUUAGAACGGAGACGAAGGACUCAAGUCAUGCAGAAAGACCUGCCGAGGCCCCUGGUUGUCGAUUUGACAAGCAUGCUCAAGAAAGCUGACAGCAUUCAAAACGCGGCGGAAGCACUAAUCGCCAGGGAGACGGCAUUACUCAUGGCCCAUGACGCAGCACGAUACCCCUUGCCUGGCUCUCAAGUCAGAGGCACCCACCGGUCUAUUGAUCGAUUCGACGACGACGCUCUUGCAGACGCUCGCCUCCUAAUUCUGGCCGAGACUAAACCGCGUCCCAAGUUUGACGAAAUCCAAACUUUCUUUGAGAGUCGAGCAAAGAACUCGAUGUUGUUGGGAUUGGGGUGCUAUAACGACGGUGAGGCAGAACAAGAGGCAGCAAUGCGGGCUGCAUUUGACGCUGUUCAAGAUUCAAUCAUGGCUUCAGCAGAGCAGGGAGCCAAACUAGAGAAGAAGCUGGCUCUUCAUCUCGGCGGAUACCAAAAACGACAAAAGAUGCUCAAGGAUAAGGUCAACGACGCCUCGGAGGCCCUGGAAAGGGCCAGGAACGCACUCAGCGGAUUCAAGACGCUGGCCAUUUCAGAAGACGUGGCGAUUGACCGACGGUUGGAGGCUCUGAGAGAGGAGGUCAUGUAUGUUACGAAGCGAGAGAGAGAGGCACAGGAAGAGUAUAGAAAGGCGAGGGAUGAGUUGUCUGCUUUAAGGGCAGAUGGCAGAAAUGGAUAUCAUUAG